AUGGCAGCCCUGUCUGAGAACAUGUUGACCGUCAGCAUGUUACUGAAUGUCUUCUUCUUCUCAGGAGUUCAGACUUGUAAACCAGACCUCAACAUUACUGCACCAGAGGAGAUGGAAGCUCUGAGUGGAUCCUGUUUGCUAAUCCCAUGUAGCUUUAGAGAGAAACAAGGACAAACCAUUGAUGUCAAGAAGAAAACAUUUGGAGUUUGGAUAAAAAGUAAUCCUGUGUUUAAAGAUAAGAAAUUUAACGUGAUCUACAACAGCAGAAAGCCAAGGAACAGCUAUAACAUGAACAUUACUGGAAACCUGAGAGAGAGGAACUGCACCACUGUGUUUUUUAAUGUAAACUCAGGUCAAACAGACAAAUACUUCUUCAGGAUUGAGAACAGGCAGUUCAAAGCAACAGCUUCCUGUCAUCCUGUUAAUAUAACAGUUAGAGAUUCAGCUUGGAGCCCCAGGAUUGAAAUCUCAGGUGAUGUGAAGGAGAAGGACUCUGUCACCAUAACGUGCUCAGCUCUCACUCCCUGUCCACAAUCACCUCCUGAACUCACCUGGAAUCUCCAACCAGACUCUCCCAGACAGAUAGAGGAGAACACAAACCCUCCUGAGGAACAAAUUUAUGAGAUGGUGGCAAGUGAAAUGGAGAAAGAGGUCCACUAUGAGGAUCCUAACGUGUUAGUGAUCGGACCCAAGGCUUCCUCCAUGGAUAGCAGCACGCAGCAGCAGCAGGAGACGCUUUACACAGAGGUCAAAAUCUCCAAGAAAAAGAGACAGACUGCUGAAUGCCCAGAGCCCAUCUACUCACAAAAAGCGUCUCAAAACCUCACCAUAGAGUCUGCCAUGACUGCAGACCCACCCAGCUGA